AUGUGUUUAUUGUGGCUCAGUAAGUGUGAUCUAACAGGGAAAAGUUGUUCAGCUCUGGCUUCAGUUCUCCAUUCAGACUCCAGCAGUCUAAAGGAACUUGAUCUGAGCAAUAAUAAUCUACAGGAUUCAGGAGUGAAGCUACUCGCUGAUGGACUGAAAGGGAACCAUAAACUAGAGAAACUCAGAUUUUUGGGACCUGCUGCAGAUGAAGCAUGUCAGUAUGUGACUGGAAUUGUGGGUAAAAACCCUUUACUCCUGAGAACACUGAAUCUGAGUGAACAUGAACUAGGAGACACACAAGUGAAUCAGAUCACUGCUCUUCUGCAGGAUAAACACUUCCUGAGAUCAAACCCCAGUCUGAAAGAGCUUGACAUGAGCAACAAUAAUCUGCAGGACUCAGGAGUGAAGAAACUCAAGAAUGGACUAGAAAAUAUAAAAUGCACACUUGAAAAACUUGGACUUUCAGACUGCAGUAUAACAGAAGAAGGUUAUAAAGCUCUGGCUUCAGCUCUGAGAUCAAAUCCUUCACACCUGAUAGAGCUGGAUCUCACAGGAAAUGAUCCUGGACAAUCAGGAGUGAAGCAGCUCAGUGAUUUACUACAGGAUCCAAAAUAUUCACUGAAGACUCUGAGGUUUUUGGGUCCUGCUGCAGAUGAAGCCUGUCAAUAUGUGACUGGAAUUGUGGGCAAAAACCCACUACUCCUGAGAAAACUGAAUCUGAGUGAACAUGAACUAGGAGACACACAAGUGAAUCAGAUCUCUGCUCUACUGCAGGAUAAACACUGUAAACUCAACACACUGAUUCUGAGUAAGUGUGGUCUAACAGAGGAAAGCUGUUCAGCUCUCGCUACAGUCCUGAGAUCAAACUCCAGUCUGAAAGAACUUGACAUGAGCAACAAUAAUCUGCAGGAUUCAGGAGUGAAGAAACUUGGAUUAGAUAAUACAAACUGCACACUGCAGACUCUCAGACUCUCUAAUUGCAGUAUCACAGAAGAAGGUUAUAAAGCUCUGGCUUCAGCUCUGAGAUCAAACCCUUCACACCUGAUAGAGCUGGAUCUCACAGGAAAUGAUCCUGGACAAUCAGGAGUGAAGAAGCUCAGUGAUUUACUACAGAAUGGACAUUAUCAAUUGAAAACUAUCAGCAUACACAGACUCAUGGCCAAGCUAGCACUGAACAGCCCUGAAUUAAAGUCUAUCGAACAGGGGGUCAAGAAUCGGUUCAAAUGGAGCUGGUUGCUGGAGACUGUCCAAGUUGAGGGAAACACUUUCUCACUCAAUUGCUUUAGCAAAAUUAGAGAACCAGGCAAAGCUAUUUGCCACAUUUGCAACCACCCUAUUAACUAUGGCACAAGUGGGAAGAUUGCACUCCGGAAACAUAUGAUGCAUCCAAAACAUGUGAAACUGUGGAAGAUCCAACAGCAGAACAUGCACAUUGAGAUCACACAAGCUGAUAACAUCAUUGGUGCGGCUCCGCACAACAACUCGGCGCAACCCAGAUCAAUUCCUCCUCUAUGCAACCGUGUUGCUCAGGAUCAAGCACUCAUUCUUGGAUUCAUUGCUGAAAAUUCUCUUCCCCUGUCAGUCACGUCUGGGAUUAUUAAAUUAGCUCAAGAGUUGGCCAAAGAUCCAAAAGCACUUGCUGAACUGUCAAUGGACAGGACAUCUGCCUCAUACAAGCUCACCCAUGGUGUGAAGAAGACUAUCCUGGAUGAAGUACUUGAGGAAAUCAGAAAUGUCCCCUUCUCCCUCAACAUAGAUGAGGCCACAAGCAAGACAAACAAAAGAGUAUUAGGUGUGCUUGUCAGCUACUGGUCCGAGAAACACGAGAGGAUGGUUGUCCAACACCUUGCAGCUUUGGAGCUCAUAUCUGUAACAGCAGAAUCUCUCUUCAGUGCACUGGAUGGGCUUUUUGAAAGGAUGAAUCUCCCAUGGGAUAAUCUGGUGUCAAUUCUUAUGGACUCCUGUGCUGUUAUGAGGGGCUCUAAAAAUGGCUUGGAAAAGAAGAUCAGAGACCGCCGUGCCCCUCAUCUCCUUGACAUCGAUGGUGACUCAUGUCACCACCUUCAUAAUGCCAGCAAGAAAUUGUGCUGUCCUUUUGAGCGUUGGGUUGAGUCUUUGCUGUCAGACCUGCACACAGACCACAAAUGGUCAGCUGACAUGAAAGAUGGCCUCAGAGAAAUUUGCAGCAUAUUUGGAAUCCAUUUCUCGCGGCCAGAGUGCUAUAUUCCACACCGGUGGCUCUCAGUCUUGGAUGUCAGUCUGGAAACACUGCGAAUAUGGGAUGCACUGGUCAUGUUUUACUAUGCCUUCCUGAGCAAUGAAGAUAAGUGUACAUACAAGGACAUUGUCAGUGCUAUUCUACAGAAGCGUGAAGUACAGGGAACAGGCAGGGCCCGGAUCAAGGAGUUGUGGAAGGAGUUGGGGAACAGGUCCAAGAACUUCACUAACGAGGGGAAGAUGAGGAAGGUCAGGAUUUGCAAGAAGGUGCUAUUUGAGGACAAGAAAACCCUCCUUGAGCUCCACUUCUAUUCAGCAGUCCUUCCCAUGCUGAAACAUUAUGUCCUGCUUUUUCAGUCCAAGGACCCAAAGGUUCAUAAACAGCAAAGGAAGGAAUCUGUCUGGGCCAAAGAUGAAGUUGCUUGACCUGACAUCGACAGAGGCCCAUCUCGCAGCACCUUUUGUUGGCUCUGAGGCCUCAUCCCUCCUUGACCAACUAGGGAGGGAACACCCUGUGGUGAAGGCUUUCAAAACUAAGGUAAUCCAAGCCUACACCAGCUGUGCAGGCGACCUUCAAACAAAGCUACCUCUUGACAGUCCAACCCUAAGGACUCUGUCAUGCUUGGACCCAGAUGCACGGGGAAGCCAUCACAUUCUUCCUCAUCUCCAGAAGUUGCCGAACAUGUUUCCAGGUGUGAAGCUUAAUGAACUGGAGAGAGCUGGAUUUCAACAUGAAAUACACAGAUAUGCAAGUGACAUGACACUACCUCAGAUGACAGAGGAGGCAAGAAUCGAUUUAUGGUGGAAUGUUGUGAGAAACACUCAGAGGUACCCAGCGCUCUGCAAGCUUGCACUGUCUGCACUAUGCCCAUUUCAUGGUCCACAGGUGGAAUCAGCAUUCAGCGUAAUGUCCAACAUCCUGCAAGCCAAAGCUGCAAACCUAAGUGUUGAGACGUAUGAGUCCUAUCAAGUGGUCAAAUACAACCUGAAGGCCAUGCAGGUGUCGGCCAUUCAGCACUACUCCCGGAAGACAAAGUAAAGUCCUGUUAAUGUACAGCUGUGCAGAAAUGUAAAACGA